AUGUACAAGCUGGAAAAGAGAUGCUCGUUGGAAACGGAGCAAGAAGAAGCCAAAUUAGGAGAAGCGUCUCGGCGAAGGAUCAUCUGCAAAGCAUCACAUGAUGGUAUCCAGGCUUACUGCCUUUGUCUCGAUAAUUACUGUAAUAAGGAAAGCCUGCUGAAACAAGCAGAAAAAGAAGCCAAGACGAGUGGCGAUGCAAAGGAUUCACUGAAUGAUUCAUUAUUCACUGGAAAUGGCGAAUCGAUCACUUCAGCAGCAGUGCAGCGAUCCUCUGCAACAUCUCUUCAGGUGUUGGUGAAACCUGAAGCAACUUCCAGGGCCACGUCAACGACGCCGCCUCAGAAGCGACCUAGUAUAACUUCUACAAGGAAUAUUCUCAGUGCACGUGCGAGCGAAAGAUUUCAAAUUCAGAUGUCGCGCACGAUUGUGCAGCGCGUACGAUAA